AUGGUUUCUGCUCAGUUGGGUGCUAAUGAGUGGGUUAGCUGCAAUAAGGCAUGGCUUCUCUACUCUGGCUCCUUCUAGUAAUCGGAGUUUAUUCAGCAGCUUCAGACGAAAACUCUAACUCGACACCUGUAAGCCAGUUUGAAUUGGCAAAGAUAAUUUACGAUAAGCAAAAUGAAUGUGACGCUAUCGUAGUUGAAACGAUUGCCAAAGCAGUCGACAAAGGUGAUAUUUGCGAGACCCCUAAACCUGACGAAAAAUACUUCCAAUGCAAGAAAAUCCUCGAUGAGAAAAAGAGAGGGUAUAUCUCAACUUAUCUAAAGGGCAAAAUACUUAACAAAAAAUCGUUUACCGUAGAACUUCCAGAAGAAUCCGUUACUCUUGCUGUUCCUACAGAUGUAACUCAAACUUCAGAGGUAGCUCAAAAUGAAUUUGACAUCCAAGAUGAACUAUGUGCAACAUAUGAUUUAUGUCUUAGACUUUCCAACAUGCAAGUUUUACGUGGCAACGAGGAAGAUGUCAUCAAAAAGAAAAAUAGUGCCUCGCGGUGCAAGGAUUUCCUUGACGAGUUAAAAUUGAAGUAUAACAAAGUGUUAGACAUGAGUGAAUGGGAAUCGGACAACAGUAUUGGAGUAUUACCUGCUGUGUGUGCUUAUGGAGACAUUAGGUUAACGCUACCAAAGAAUAAAAAUAAGAAAGCUGCAAAGAAGUCACCUUGCGUGAUUCCUAAUGUGCCAAAGAAUGAUUCCCCUGUUGAAGGGCAAAAAGGAAAAAGUAAACAGCCAGUUGAAGAAUCUCCAGUGUCUGUAAGUAAAGCCGAUACUGAGAAAGAUGAUUUGAAUAAAAAUGCGACAAGCGAAGAAGCAAAGGAAAAUUCCCCUGAUGAAGGCGAAGAUAAACCCUCUAAAGUAAUGAUGAAUAAGACCGAUGAUGCAAAUGCUAAACAUAAAAUUGAAAAUCCCAAGAUGGUAAAAAAUGUCUUGCCAUCUGUUGAAAGAAGCUCCGAAUUAGAUUCACGAAGGAUCGUUGAUGAAUCUGGUAGUCUUUCUCAAAAAGACAAUCAACCAAUUAUAAUUGAAACCAGUAAAUCUAAUACCAAGGAUUCUUUACCAGUUACUGAGAAUAAAGUAAAAGAAAAUGUGCCACAAUAUGAAGAGGCAGCCAAACAAAGUAAUUAUUCAACUAUGAAGUCUGAAAAGACACCCAAAGGAAGUGCUGACGAAAAUACGAAUGUUGUUACUUACAGUGUUAGAGUAGUGUCGAAAAAUGACGACGGGAAGGUAAUGAAAAUACAAGCAUCUGGCCAAAUCAAAGAAACGGAAAACGCUGAGCUAAAUGAUGAUGACAAAGAAGAAAGAUCUUUUGCGAUGGGCGAUGAGGGAUCCGAUGAUACGUUGAAGAAUGAACCUGAAUCUAACCCUACAAAGGUCAGUGAGAAGGUAAGAAGACAACGCAAGAGAACUUUGGAAGAAAAUAUAAUAUUGUUGGAGAACGACUGCAAAGAGCUACUGGAGUUUGGAGAACAUCUGAUGAAACACAAGAUCCUUAAUUCUUUAGUAAAUUUAGAAAGCCACUACAAUGAGUGCAUAGGAAAGCUCAACAACUUAAAGAAAAUGUACAUCGAUGAGAACCAAAUAGAUAUUACAUCGCAUAAACACAUUUUUCCGCUAACGCUUCCAUCAGGUGUUCAAAAAUUGAUCCCACUACCAUUUCAGCUUAUAAAUAUGGAUGCAAUCAAAACGGAAUCCAACACUAAUCCAAAUUUUGAAUCUUUAUUUGAUACAAGUGAGUUCUUUCAUAACAAGCAGGAUUCAAAGAGAAAGUUGCAAAAUAGAGAGCCCUUCGAUAAUCCUGCGUUUAUUCAAAAUUUCGAGUUUUUGGAAAGUCUGAAGCAAGAAAGUCAACCUUCAGGUUCUUCGACAUUGUCCAAGGUCGCAUCUAUUCUACAUAUGAACGGUGGCCAUGAUGAUGAAGAUGAAGACGAUUGACAGCGAUGUCAUAGAUAAAGAAUAUCUAUAACUUAUUAUGUACAGAACUCUAAUACAUCUUACUUUGGUUGUUU